AUGGGAGUCUCCAAGAGAGAACUGCUGGACGAUCACUACGAGAGGCAUGUGCGUCUUUCUCCACAUGUGCUGGGCCACAGCAAAGCCCAUGUUGCCAAGCUGGUGAGUGAACUUGUCAGGGUGGGUCGCACCGAUGUCCCGCCGGAGUCUUCUCUGGCCUUCCGGGGUGACUUCAUCCAGAUCGGCAGCUCCUAUGAGGAGCACAAGGUGGGCUCACCUGACUGCUUUGACAUCAUCGUGCCUCUGAGGGCACCUCGUGGGCUAAAAAUGGAGGCCGGUGUUUGCACUGACAAACCUGGAGGGCCACCGCUUUGCACGCUAAACACACCUCGCAAAGCGGAAUGGACACGCCGUCACAAGGCCUUCAUGGACACGUUCAUGCACUUGCACAAUGCUCAAAGAAUCUAUAGGAUGAGCCCAGAUUCCGUCCAGCGCUGGUUUUACACAGCUACCCAGCGCCGCCUCGCUGCCAUCCGUUACCCGUUUGAGCAGCGCUGUUCCCUUAGCCUGUCUCUCAGUGAGGAGCAGCAGGUGCUCCUCCGUCUGACCCCCCGCUCCGAUUACGUCUGCUGCCACAUCUCCAUGGGCAUUCGCCUGAUCCCUGCCUUUCCUCUUGGUGAUGGCGCCUUCUUGGUAGCAUCCCAGCAGGGUCAGCAAGGAGAAGACCUUUGGACGGUGUACUUUCCCAGACAGGAGCAGAGACUGCUGGCGUGGCUAAAAGGUAGACUACCCCCCAACUCGUGUCAUCUGAAGUGCCUUCAGCUCCUUAAAGAGGUACGUAACCUCAGUGGGGAGACUCUGGACCAGCAGUCUGGAGCUGAGUGGGGAGGAGUGCUUUCAUCCUAUGCUUUGAAGACAGCUUGGCUUCGUCUACUGCUCAGUACACCCCCUGAAACCUGGGAUGAGUGCAACCUUGUGGACCGGCUGGAUGAUCUUCUUCGUAGUCUAAGGGAGAGCUUACAGUCUCGGGCUCUCUGCCAUAUACUCCUCGGAGGCGUUAGUGGGUUUCUGCCAGACUCUAUCGUUCUUCCCAAACUCGUAAAGGAGACGGUACCCUCCAACCUGUGGGCAGAAUUCAGUGACGUCACCCUCGAUAUGGUCUCCGCCCGACUGGCCUACUCCUGGAACCACCUCCCUCGCCUAAUUCGCCUCGGGCGACCACAGAGGACCAGUCUUGGCAGAGGUGUUCGCUGCAAAUAUAUUGAUGCAGAGUAAAGGUCAACUAUAGCUGGUAUUGCUGAACACAAACAGAUGUUGGUUACAGAUGUUGUUUAUGUUUUCGGAAAAUUUAUGUCCGAUUAAAUUGGUUUUUUUUUCCCCAAAGGUAGCAGUCAAAGACAAGAAUGUAAAUAGUAGCAUUCAGUAGGUACAGCAAUACUUUUAUCAAAUCAGUCUUCGUUCUGUACAAUGUAUCAGUAUUGUACUGUAAUUGUAGGACGUUCUUUGAAAAGCAAGGUCAUUCGAAUUUCAGUUUGUGUUUAUUUUCUUCUCAUGCAAAUUUAUUUAGUAUUUCUAGAGAAAAAUUCUGAUAUGUUAAAACUUGCUGUUUAAAAGAACAGUAACCGUUUUAUAUAUUUAGUUCACUCCAGGUGUUAGUUUGGAGAUCACUCAUGCGUCUGAGCUGCUAGACUUGUGUUGACUCAGGGUGACCAUGAUGUCUCGGUUAUGGGGUAGUGAGUAGUCAAAACAGCAUAAACACCAAAGUUUUUCCACACCCACAAAGUAUUAGUAAUGCCAGCCUAAACAGAUGAACAUCCAGUGUGACCACUGUAAAAAUAUCUUCUGCUGUGACAUUUUGAUCAAACAAUGUAAAAUGUAUAGCCUGAUCAUUGCAAAACACCUGACAGACCCAAAUAUAUCCUUUAUUUUGAAUGAAUAAAUGAGCAAUAUUGUUUCAUAACUGUAGCAAUUUCAGUAUUGUUUAAUUGAUUGCUUAAGAGUUCCAUAAUUGGUGCUUUAGAUCACCUCAGUUCAUUACCUAAAUUGGUCCUCUUAAGGAUAAGGUACUGAUGGCAUGCCCUUUGCUUCACUUCAUCUUACUUGUCUACAGGGACCCCAACAUGCGUGCACAUGAUCUUCUCCCUCAGAGACAUGCCUCUACCGGUUGUCACCAUGGAGACAUGCUACCUCAGCCCAGGGUCACUUAUUCAUGCUGUAGCUUUAGUUUUAAUGGCUGAUUGCAUUUACUUUCACAAAGGAAGCAGAGAUCUAUAUUGAUCUCUUGCAGGUACUAAGUGCCACAGGCUUAGUUUGUUAGUCUCUUUCCUGUUCAUACCUCAUCCAUCAACCUGUUCUUGAACAAAGUGUUCAUGGUCAUGUAUGUCAGACAUAUCUUAGUUUCAUCAACUUCACAGGGAAAUGUUUGUGGUACCUAAGCAAAAGUCUUUGAGGCUUAUUUUUGUCUGUUGUCUGAAAGCAGAACAGAAAAUGAAAUAAGGAAAUGAAACAGGACACGCUCUGAAAACAAUCCUUAAAUGUAGUCCAAAACAAGUCAUAUAAAAUACAGAGUAACUAAUGUUGAAUGUAUAUUUAUAUUAAUGUAUAUGUCAUUUAAUGUAUAUUUGGUACUGUAUGUGAAUGUAAGUUAAUUGUAAAGCACAUUGUACUUGAUGUACAUAUUAGAGAAAAACAAUCUGUGUCUGUGUCUGUGUGUGUGUGUGUGUGUGUGUGUGUGUGGUAGACAUAAUUUAUGCAUGUACUUUAAUACAUGAAUUGAAAUAAAUAUCUAUAUUUUGG